CAUCAACAACAAUAUACUUAUUAGCAAAAUAUACAGCUAUAUAGCCUUUCAUGGUAUACGAUGCUUGCCAAACUAUGGCUCACUCUUCUUUUCCUUGGAGUGGUGGAGCUCACCGCAACCACCACCGGUGUUGUUGCUGCAAGCACUCACUUGCCUCGUAAUUUGAAUGAAUUACCUCAUCGUGAGAAAAGCCCACCUCGAAAAGAUCAACCGAAACUUAAUCCAGGUGAUAAGCCACCUUUGAAUCCAGGUGAUAAGUCGCCACCUGAAGACAAACCACCUUUAAAUCCAGGAGAUAAGCCUCCAUUGAAUCCUGGUGAUAAGCCACCACCAGAAGACAAGCCACCAUUGAAUCCACGAGAUAAACCCCCGUUGAAUCCAGGUGAUAAGCCUCCACCAGAAGACAAGCCACCACUGAAUCCAGGAGAUAAGCCCCCGUUGAAUCCAGGUGAUAAGCCUCCACCAGAAGACAAACCACCACUGAAUCCAGGAGAUAAGCCCCCGUUGAAUCCAGGUGAUAAGCCUCCACCAGAAGAAAAACCACCACUGAAUCCAGGAGAUACGCCCCCCUUGAAUCCAGGUGAUAAGCCUCCACCAGAAGACAAGCCACCACUGAAUCCAAGCGAUAAGCCCCCGUUGAAUCCAGGUGAUAAGCCACCAUUGAAUCCAGGUAAUGAUAAGCCUCCACCAAAAGACAAGUCACCACUCAAUCAUAAGCCCCUGUUGAAUCCUCGUGAUAAGCCUCCACCAAAAGACAGGCCACCUUUGAAUCCAGGUGAUAAGCCACCACUGAAUUCAGGAGAUAAACCACCAUUGAAUCCCGGUGAUAAGCCAACACCAAAAGAUAAACCACCACUAAAUCCAGGUGAUAAGCCACCACCAGAGGAUAAACCACCAUUAAAUCCAGGUGAUAAACCACCACCGGAGGAUAACUCGCCUUUGAAUCCAGGUGACGAACCGCUACCACCAAAAAAUAAUCCACCAGAAAAAGGACCAUCAAGAAAGACUGAGAUUGUGAGAGACAACCUAUCAAGGAAGGUGAUGAAGAACUUGCAACCCUAAUAUCCUUGUAAUAAUAAUACUUAAUGGCUUGUAUUUGCUAAGUUAUAAAACUAUCUAUCUACGUACGUAGAAUACAUAUGAGAGCCAAAAUAAGUACUAUUUCUAUAGUACAUGCAUAUAAUGUUUGGUUAAUAUUACUUAGCAAACUAUUGUAUAAAUUUAUAUAUUGUGGUUUGUAUUGCCCUAA